GCUGGGUGCUGGCUCACUCGCCCGCCCGGGAAAGUGGGUUACGGAGCGAAGGAGCUCAGCGCCGACACUGGCAAAGGAGCAUCCAGCUACAGACAGACCAGAGAACACCUUCCCUUUGCAGCCUUCUCUUCACCUUUUCUCAAGGGUUUUAUAUUUGUACUCUCUCUCUUUUUAAAUUGUGUUGCUUCGACUCCCCCCCCCCCCCGCUUGGGUUUUAUGAGGGCUUUGUUAAGACUUAGAGGGAAAAGAGACUGAGCGAGGGAAAGAGGCAAAGUGGAAAGGACCACAAACUGGCAAAGCCCGUGCUGCCUCUGCUGUGGAUGAGAGCCCGCUGUUUGUAAAGCCCUCUCGGCGAGCAGCACGCGCACACCCUCCAGAGUACACGGACCCGCACCUCGGCGUGGCCACCAUGGUCGGCAGAGUUCAGCCUGAUCGGAAACAGUUGCCGCUGGUCCUACUGAGAUUGCUCUGCCUUCUUCCCACAGGACUGCCUGUUCGCAGCGUGGAUUUUAACCGAGGCACGGACAACAUCACCGUGAGGCAGGGGGACACGGCCAUCCUCAGGUGCAUUGUAGAAGACAAGAACUCAAAGGUGGCCUGGUUGAACCGUUCUGGUAUCAUUUUUGCUGGGCAUGACAAGUGGUCUCUGGACCCCCGGGUUGAGCUGGAGAAGCGCCAUUCUCUGGAAUACAGCCUCCGAAUCCAGAAAGUGGAUGUCUAUGAUGAGGGUUCCUACACUUGCUCGGUUCAGACACAGCAUGAGCCCAAGACCUCUCAAGUUUACUUGAUCGUGCAAGUUCCACCAAAGAUCUCCAACAUCUCCUCGGAUGUCACUGUGAAUGAGGGCAGCAAUGUGACCCUGGUCUGCAUGGCCAAUGGCCGUCCUGAACCUGUUAUUACCUGGAGACACCUUACACCAACUGGAAGAGAAUUUGAAGGAGAAGAAGAAUAUCUGGAGAUCCUCGGCAUCACCAGGGAGCAGUCAGGCAAAUAUGAGUGCAAAGCUGCCAAUGAGGUUUCCUCGGCGGACGUCAAACAAGUCAAGGUCACUGUGAACUAUCCUCCCACCAUCACAGAAUCCAAGAGCAAUGAAGCCACUACAGGGCGACAAGCUUCGCUCAAAUGUGAGGCCUCAGCAGUGCCUGCGCCUGACUUUGAGUGGUACCGGGAUGACACCAGGAUAACCAGUGCCAAUGGCCUUGAGAUUAAAAGCACGGAAGGCCAGUCCUCCCUGACGGUGACCAACGUCACUGAGGAACACUAUGGCAACUACACCUGUGUGGCUGCCAACAACCUGGGGGUCACCAAUGCCAGCCUGGUCCUUUUCAAGCGUGUUUUACCCACAAUCCCCCACCCCAUUCAAGAAAUUGGCACCACCGUGCACUUCAAGCAAAAAGGACCUGGGUCGGUGAGAGGAAUAAACGGAUCCAUCAGUCUGGCCGUACCACUGUGGCUGCUGGCAGCAUCUCUGCUCUGCCUUCUCAGCAAAUGUUAAUAGAAUAAAAAUUUAAAAAUAAUUAAAAAAAAAAACACACAAAAAUGCGUCACACGGGAUACAGAAAGAGAGAGAGCGAGAUGGGGGGAGACCGUUGAUUUCACAGCUCUGUGUGUUUAUAAAUGAAGGGGGAAAUAAGAAAACGAAGAAAAUACAACAUUUAAAACAAUUUUAAAGUCUGUCAAUAAAAAUUUGAGUAUAAUUCAGGGUGGGAAAAGUUCUACCAGGAUAUAUGUAUAUCUAAGCAAAUGUAUGCUGUAUAAAGACUACAUUGUGCUAAGGACAUCCAGAUGUUGUAAAAAUAAGACAUGUGAAGAGGUACCAGAUGGAUAAUAACCCCACACACACACUUUAUCCUUCCUUCAUCCUUUUUCAUCUGUGGGGAAAGAAAAAAUAAGGUCUUGCCUUUGGUAUUUAUAUUUCCAUCAUCUUUUUAUUCUGUUUUUCAUUUGAGCUGACUUGUAGCCAUUUCACACUAUCAGUGGAAUACAUGCGGGAGUCCUGUGUUGAGCCUUUAUCUGGCUUUCCUGCCUCCACUAUCUCUCCAACUUUUAAGACCAUCUCCUCCCCCUCCAGUGCAUUCUAUCUCCCCUACCUCCAUCCCAGAUAUUCCCCCUCUAUCCCCACCUCCCCACUUCUCUUCACGCCCACCCACCCCAGCACUAGUCAUGCCGCAAAUGCUAGGAAGUGCCAUUUUAAUUUUCUCCACUGUGCGUGCGUGCUCAAGUCUCUCCCUCUUACGUGGGUGCACGUGUGUGAGCGUGUGUGUCUCUCUCUAAAGCAUGCCAAGGGAAUGGUCCAUGUGUACGUAGACUCAUUGUGCUGUAGAUACUGUCCCGCAUUGUAAUUGUGAGAUGCGGCUGUGACAAGUUGCUGAGGGACCUGGUGGGGAAGGAGGCAAGCACCAGAGUCCCUCCCCCCAUCCAUGGCUGUCCCAUGACAUCAGUGUGUAUUCAGACAAAGCUCUGCCCCUUCUAAGGGCAGAACCUCAUAUUCCUCCUAGUCCAAUCAUCAGAACCCAGUCGAGAGUCACUCAGAAUAUCACUGUAAAUGAAAGUGCCUACUAUUGAUGGGGUGAGCAAACAGUAGAAAGAAUCAGUGACAUGGAUGAGGUGACCUGGGAGAGAAGACUUCUGAUUUCACUCUAGUUUCGUGAGUCUGAGGAAUUCGUAUAUUUCCUGGCUUUUUGCAGGUUUAGUCCUGCUCUGCUGCAGAAGCAAGUAGCAUGUGUUGAGUGAAUCUCAGAAGCAGAAAGGUCUCCAAGAGUUAACUCCCAAUGAAAGGAUGAUGAGCCACGUGGAGAUCCUGAGCAGCCCUGUUUUGCCUCCUCCCAAAUCUUCAAAUAACACUACAUUGGCUCCAUGGAUUCCCCUGAGCAGAGAUUGUUUCCUAUUGCAGAUAAAAGACAGUGAGAGAAGAUAGUGAGAGUGAGCAGGGCAGGAAAAGUAGACAGAUGUCCAAGUCCCUCCUCAUAUUGUAGAUAUACUGUCAGAGCUUUAAUACAAAGCAUUGACCAUAACAAAAAGGAAUCCAUUCCUUGUGCACCUUUGCAGAUUUUUGUCCUGGUGUUCUAGGCUAAUUCUUUAUUUGGUUUCCCAUAUUAUCCCCCUUCUGUUCCACUGAUGAUUUUUGUGGCACCAUUGUUCAUAGUAGUCCAUCAUUAUCCUAAGCCAGGCCACUAGGAAUGGCAUUAUAUUCCACCAUCCGUGCUCACUUUUGGCUUCUAGUCUCCUGAAAAAGGUACAGUGGGUAUACGGUGUUUAAGUUUACAUCUAUAAGAGUCAUCUUGCCAUUAAUAUUGAAAGGUGAGUUUGUUCCUUAACCAGAAGAGCUGGGAAACUUGUAAUGAUUUAGGCAGAAGUUGUAUGUAUACCACAAAGUUUGGCAUCACCACAACACCAGAAGGUGUUUCUUAGGAAAGGCCUUGCAGAGAGAACUGGCUCUCUGUGUGUAGAUACCUUUGUCAGGAAGAUAGCUUUCACUUAGACUAUAGGAGGCAUUGGAAGUGGCUUAGUUUAUGAAAGAAUAGAGGAUUAUUAUUGAGGUCAUAAUUGAAUGUAUUUCAGCAGAGCCAAAUAUGGUACCUCACCAAGUUUUGGAACCGGGAAAAUAGCUGUCACAUAAUAUAAAACAGGAAACUUUAUAACGGUAAAUCAAAAAUAAAGAAGGAAGAGUGAAAGAAAGAGAAGAAGGAAGGAAGGUAGGAAGGGAGAAAUAGAGAAAGAAAGAAAGGGAGGAAGGAAGGAAGAAAAGAAAGAAAGA